CUUUUUCAAAGUGAUUUUCGCCGGUUUACAAACACUGUUGUAGUUAUAUUUAAUUUAGUCAGUAUCUGGCAGAGGACUCAAGAUACCAAUAAAAGGUGCUACAGAAACCUAGUGCUACAUUAUUAUGUGAUCAGUGGUUUUUUAGGCUCAGUAGUUCGUUUAAAGUUGCAGAACAUACCAGCAUGUUUGUACUCCCUGGGGACUAGAGAGCAGCGAACGUACCGUUGUACUCGUUGAAUGACUACAAACCGCCAAUCUCCAAAGCUAAAAUGACCCAGAUCACAAAGUUAGCCAUUAAAGCUAUAAAGUUUUACAAGCAUGUUGUACAGAGCGUGGAGAAGUUUGUUCAGAAAUGCAAACCAGAGUACAAAGUUCCUGGAUUAUAUGUCAUCGACUCCAUUGUACGUCAGUCACGCCAUCAGUUUGGCCAAGAAAAGGACGUGUUUGCUCCACGAUUCAGCAAGAACAUUAUCAGCACCUUCCAGAACUUGUAUCGAUGUCCUUCUGAUGACAAGGUACUGACUGAGAAAAGUAAAAUUGUCAGAGUGUUAAAUCUGUGGCAGAAGAAUAAUGUUUUUAAAAGCGACAUUAUUCAGCCUCUGUUGGAUAUGGCAGCAGGGCUCCCACCUCCCAACCUGACUCCUGUCAUUGCCAGCACUGCAGCCACUGUCAGCAACAACACACCAGGAACUCCAGUCACCCCUGCUACCCCUGCUAACAUUGUCCAAGGCUUACCUGAUUCCUGGGCCUCUCAGAUCUCCAACACAGACACCAUUGCUGCCGUUGCACAGCUCCUGCAAAGUCCUCAGGGUCAACAGCUGCAGCAGUUAGUACAGACCCUGCAAAUGCAACAACAGAAGCCCCAGCCUUCCUUGCUCCAGGCCCUAGACGCAGGGCUUGUCGUUCAGCUGCAGGCUCUCACAGCACAACUCACAGCUGCGGCUGCUGCUGCCAGUACACUCAAUCCACUAGAACAGAGGGUCUCCUUCAAUAAGAAGUUGUUGGAACGGUUUGAUUUUGGGGAAGAAUCUGAACACACUGAAUCCAUAAAGGAUGCUCCUUCAUCUCAACUGCCUAGUGUAACAGAGUCCAUAAACAACUCGAUUUUCCAUCAGCUGGCAGAGCAGCUGCAGCAGCAGAAUCUGGAGCAGUUCCAGAAACAGCUGCUGGAACACCACCACCACCACCACCAUCAGCAGCAGCAGCAGCAGACAAUAUCGCUGGAGAGCCAAGAAGGGGUUUUUGGUUCAGAGAAUUCUGCCACACCCUCACAGGGCAGUUGUCAGCAGCAGCUCCUGGAGACUGACACUAAACUGGAUGAUUCAAUUGAUAAUCAACAGCAGGACAUGGAAAUUGAUGAAGGACAGGAGAUGGCUGAUGGAGAUAUUUUUGAACCUGAGGAGCCACAGCUUGUCGAAUCGAGGUCGAGAACCCGAUCCAAAUCUCGUUCAAGAUCACCAAGGAAAAGAAGAUCCCGGUCACGUUCUGGCUCGCGGAAACGUAAACACAGGAAGCGCUCUCGCUCCAGAUCAAGGGAGAGGAAGAGGAAGUUUUCACGCUCGUACUCCAGUGAGAGGCAAGCCAGGGAACAAGAGAAGGAGCGCCAGAAAAAAGGAUUGCCUCCAAUACGUUCAAAAACACUGAGUGUGUGUAGUACAACACUCUGGGUGGGGCAAGUGGAUAAAAAGGCCACCCAACAAGAUCUCACAAACCUGUUUGAAGAAUUUGGUCAAAUUGAAUCAAUAAAUAUGAUCCCUCCUCGAGGCUGUGCGUACAUUUGCAUGGUUCAUCGACAGGAUGCAUAUCGUGCCCGGCAGAAACUCAGUACCGGAUCUUGCAAAAUUGGCUCUAAAGUCAUUAAGAUUGCAUGGGCACUAAACAAAGGAGUAAAACAAGAGUACAAACAGUUGUGGGAUGUAGAUUUAGGUGUAACGUAUAUACCAUGGGAGAAGGUGAAGAUAGAUAAUCUUGAUGACUUUGCUGAAGGAGGAAUGAUCGAUCAAGAGACUGUAAACAGUGAAUGGGAGGCAGCGAGGAGCUAUGACUCUGCAAGAGAAAGCCUCACUCAAAGUGCUGCUGUGGAUACCAGUACUGUGAUUACUACACAGGCAGAUGCCUAUACUCAGCCAGUCACCAUGUUACCUGUACAGAUGCCAGUGGCUCAGGGAGUCCCUGCUGUUAGCUUGAUGCCACCAUCCUAUCCAGUGACAAUGGCUAUGCCUCCUCCAGGCUUUGGCCACCUACCUCCAUUUUUAAGAGCUGGUUUCAAUGCCUCUCAGCCACCGCCUGGUUACAUGCCACCACCUGUUCUUCAAUCAGCUGUAGGACCAGGAAUCCAUGCUAUACCAACAUCUUUGGUUCAGCCUUCAGUUUCUGCUGCUCAAGAAAAUGCAAAGGAUCCUACCUAUGGCAGCCUUGUGCCAUCAGUUAACACUGUUCCUGGAACAUUCAUUUCCCACUCCAUCCCAAGGGGCGGUGACUAUAAUCAGAGUCAGCAAGUCGGCCACAGUGAAUUGGAUGACAAAGGGUCCCAGGUUGCAGAGAAUCGAACUGAUAAUAAAACUGCACAAGAAAUCUUAAGUGAUGCUCGGAGUUCAGUUGGCCUCCUGGGGAUGCACCCGUCUGCAACGUCAUUGCACCACCCAAAUAUUCAUGGCCAAAGGAUGCCUGGAUUAUUGCCCUUGGACAUCCGUCCAGGAAUGCUACCCCCUUCACCUGGGGCACGUUUUUCUAUGUUGAUGCAGCCUGGAAUGCCUCCUCAACCAAACAUGCCUCCCACAUCAAUGCUUGACCCUUCUCUGCAGGCUAGACUUCGAGGGCCAUUCCCACCGGUUGACAAUUUCACUAGGCCUGAAAGACCUUUUGGGAGUCUUGGGAACCAGGCUGACAACAGUGUAGGCAAGCCUGAUGACAGGAUGCCAGCUGGGAAUGACAGCAUCCAACAGGAAUGUGAUCAAGAUUAUCGAUUUCCCCCAGUGGAGAAACGCGAGAGCCUUUUAAGACCCCCAGUCGAGCAGAGUGACAACAUAAAUAGACCUUCCCUGUUAGAUGGAAGAGAUGGGCUCAGGGGGCCGCCAGGGGAAGGAAGAGAGAACCUUGGUAGAAGGCAGUCUCUAAGUGGCUUUAGGCCAGAGAGCCGGUGGGGUCCCCCGCGAGGAGACUUUGAUGAACGUGAGCACCGGGGGAUGCCCUUUGGUAGUCCAAAAGGUUUCAGUGAUGAUCGUCCAGGCCCUGGAAACUUCCGUUUUGAUGGGCGUGGUGGGCCGACAUGGAACCGGGGUUUCGAGCCAGACGUUCACCGUGAUUUUGAUGACCGUCGUCAUCACUGGGAAAGGCAGAGGGAUCGGGACGAUAGAGAUUUGGAUUUCCGUAGGGAAAUGAACGGGAGCCGUUUUGCCCGUGAACGAGACCGUGAGCCCUGGACUGCCCCUUCAGCUCCACCACAAGCGUUUAAGUUUUUCGAAGGUGCAGCUGAAAGCCAAAAGCGAGAUAAGCCACCACAGGUAAACGGUGAUGAAAUGGACAUUGAGCAAGACCAGAACCGUCCUGAACUAGCAGAGCAAGAGGCUUCUCCCGAGGAUGUAGACAAUGAGAAGAAGAAUGAGCCAGAAACCGGAGUAGACAAACAGCCAGUGGUAGAGAAAACAGAAACUGAGGGGACAGUCAUCACUCAGUAGGUAAAAGAUACUUUUGUAAAGUUGUCAAUUCUCUGUGAUAGGUAAAUGGCUGACUGGACCUUUUGAGUAAUUCACUUUUGUCUGCCACAAACUUAACAAUUUCUUCUUUUUUCACACAAUGGUGUACAACUGACUUGUAUAGAGUGCUCUUUUAGUUGAUGAAAAAUGGUAGGUAAUUGUUUUUAGUUAUUAUGAUGACAGCCACUCCAACAACUUUUAAUUAGGUACAUUUUCAUUUAGAGCUCGCCAAUUUUCUUUUCAUUAAACACAAAGUUUGACCUUCCUAUGGAAGAAAGUAGAAGAUCUUGGCUGUGUCCAAUGGGUUCACUGCAGAUGUUGUAAUACUCGAAGACAGCAGGUGCUGGCCUGUGUUUGUCUAUUUUUAAAUGCUGCUGCAAAAUUUUAAGUAAUGCCUAGGUGUGUUAUGCUUUUAUCUUAUUGCUAAACCAGGUACUGAGGUAAUAGUACUGAGGUAUAGAAACUGUAAAACUUUGUGAAAAUAAAUCUAGAACAUGCUCUGUUAUCCCCAAAAUGAAUGUCUGUGAUUUGUUCCUCGUACUGCAGUGAGUAAAAGAAAACAAAGUGAAUGUUUUUAGUUGCUAAUAAACAUUAUUUGUUUGAUAAA